CAUUAUUUUAGCACUUUUACACUCAAGGAGCCACUCACUUGUCAUUUUCCCACCUCUGCCGUCGGAUAAAACCGUUCGCUUCAAUCUGUGGCCAGACCGGACACAUCAACGACAUUUUUUAUGAAUAAUGCGCCGCGUUUGACUCGGAGAAAAGGAUGGGUUCAUUGCAGUCGAGCUUGUACCUUGCUAGCUAACGAGUAGCUAAACGCUAGCCGAUUGACGCUUGCUCCCCUGUCGUUUGACUACCAUGGAAAAGCCGCACUUGUGCUAACUGGCUGCAAAGUCAAUAGGCUGCACGCUUUAGAUGCAUUGCUACAAUCCUGCACGUUGACUGAAACACCCGCGAUGGAAGAAGUUGACAAGAUCUUAAUUCACGCCUUAAAACAAGUCGGAACGGAGCUGAGUGAGGAGAUUGACAGCGUCAAAAGUUUCACUAGCGAGCUGAUAGUGGAGGCGGUAGUGAGAUGUAUCCGGGUUAUCGAUCCCGGUCUUGGCAGCGCAUUGCCAACCACCCUCCCUCCCGGCAUGUCUGCCCGCUUCAGAGUGGGCAUGAGCCUGGCACAGGCCUGUCAGGACAUCGGUUACAAAGGUGAGAUAGGUUAUCAAACCUUCCUGUACAGCAGCGAGACAGAGAUUCGCUCCCUGCUCAUGUUCCUUGUGGAGAAACUGCCUAGAGAAAGUGCAGAGGCCUCUGACCAGCCAACAGGCAAAUCCGCAGUCCUUCAGAGAGCCAUUGCUUCUGCCAUUAAAGCCCAGCUGGUUGCACCCUGGCUCCCUCCAAACUGCAGGCUGCCACUGCAUGGUGAAACACAAACUUCAGGAGCAUUGUACAGCUUCCAUAGCCAACACCUCAGUUUACCCCACUGUGUUAGAGAUCCACGAAAGAAACCACAGAAAGAGGUAAAUGACUACCAGCGGGAUUUUCUCCGUCCUGUAACUGCUCAGCUCUCUCAUAAUGCCUCUGUGGUGGCGUCCAUACUGGAGCAGCACACAGCUGAGCUCAGUGCUGCACAGGAAUGGGACAAUGAGUGGAACAGCCAGGGACUUCUGUCACGUCUUACACCGCAGGACUACAGGGCCCGAAAACGGACUCGCCUGCGUAAACGGAUCGAGGAGCAGUUGCGCUCUGCUGCCCUUCCUUCUGCGGAAAGCGCCUUUGGUGCUCUUGGCUCCACCUCAGAUUUGUCUGACAUGUUGCAAGCCUUUAAAGGCUCCGCCUCUUCUGACCACAUCCUAACAAAGGGCUCGCACUUUACCCACUCCAAGAAGUUUGCUUUUACACAGGAAGUAGAAACAGUGGCGUCGGCUGUGCGGCAGACAGAUAACCAUCAAAGUCAGCAGGAGGAGCUGGCUUCUCUGCAGCAGCAAUUUCAGCAACUGUGCAUUGAUGUGGACCAACUAACCACCGAACUGAAGCACACGAGUGUCACAAAUGCCCAGGUUCUUGAUGAGAUGAAGCAGCGAGAGCUGCACAACAGUGAGGAGGAGGAAAAGAUACAGGUGAAGAAGAAAACCAUUGACUUGUUGCCAGAUGCUGAGAACAACUUAUUGAAGCUUCAGGGUCUCGUGGAGGCCGGUGCCAAGCGGGUGGUGAACCUGGCUUCUCAGUGGGAGAAACAUCGCGCUCCACUCAUCGACGAACACCGUAGACUGAGAGAAAUCUGCAGUAACCAGGAUAUGGAAUCUUCCAGAAAGCUGUCUGAAAUCAAGGUUUUACAUGACAAAAUCCGUGUGUCAACAGAGGAGGCCAAGAAGAAGGAGGAAAUAUACAAACAGCUGGUAUCAGAGUUAGAAAAUCUUCCCAAGGAUGUGUCUCGGGCAGCAUACACACAGAGGAUUCUGGAGAUUGUGAGCAACAUCAAGAAACAGAAGGAAGAAAUUACCAAGAUUUUGUCUGACACAAAAGAGUUGCAAAAAGAGAUCAACAGCCUCACAGGAAAACUAGACAGGACUUUUGCUGUGACGGAUGAGCUCGUCUUUAAGGACGCCAAAAAAGAUGAGUCCGUCCGCAAGUCCUACAAGUAUCUGGCUGCCCUGCACGAAAACUGCAGUCAGUUGAUCCAGACCAUUGAGGACACUGGUACAAUCCUGAGAGAGAUAAGAGAUCUAGAAGAGCAGAUUGAGACAGAAAAUAGUAACAAAACAGUGGCUAACCUGGAGAGGAUUCUAGAAGACUACAAGGCCAUCAGGCAAGAGAAUUCUGCACUUGCUGCCAAGGUUAGAGAGGGCUAACUCUAUACUACCUAGCGAUGGUCACACUUAAAAACAACUGUUGUUGCUCCUUAAAAAGACUGAAACACAUCAUGGAAAGAAAUCAUUGCUGUCCAUUAACACCACCUGGGUGCAGCUUUUCUUUACAAAGCCCAUCCAAUAUAUGUAUCAUGGAACCUGAACAAGCAUUUAAUUAUGUAGUAUGGAUCCUCAUGUCUGGUGCCAGAGUUUUCAUGUUAAACACAUUUCUGUCCACACAUGCUCAGAGUACUUAUACCCUAAAUUAAGCAGCAGUGGACAGCAGAUGUUGCCGCCUGACCUGCCUUAUUUGUUUAAAGACCAUUGGCGAUAUUGUUUGAAUAAUUUUUAGACCUUUUUUUUUUUCCACCCAUCCUGAUCAUUUUCAGAUUGAGCUACAGCAUAUUUGAACUGAAUGUUGAGUGAAUGGCAUUUGAAUGUGGUAGACUUGAUGUCUAGAUCUAUUAUUAAACUAUUGUUUGUAAAGUAUUUGACUUUAGAAACUUUAUUACCAAAUCUCAGCCAGACACCGCUUCAGAAACACAUGGCAAUGUGUUCAGCUGUCAUCACACAUUAUCCUGGUGUACUAACAGUGCAAUGUUUAUAUUUUUGUAAGGUACAGAUGGAGCUGUUAUGACAACACGGUGAUGGAGGUGGAAAGAGUUCUAACAUCUGGCUAGCUGAGAUUACCAAAUAGAGUUAAGGAGCUUUUCCGCCGCUGUGACAACUGAACAGCGAUUUAACAACCACAUUAUGUCAGGUGUUAAUCAAAGUACACUCACUUCUAUGCAUGCAAUGUCACCAUACCCUUGCCAGUCUAAUCUGAUCAUGUAUGCACUCUGCUCAGUCCAACCUUCACUUUAAAAAGGGAUCAACUGUAACAGUGGAAUACCUGCAUGCGUAAAAAUGAAGUCAAGUUAUCAAAAUAGCAAAUAAUAAAUAAGACCACAAAAUCAGAUGUUAAUUUGAAUAGCCUGAGUUGUCACUCUUGCCUCAGUCAAAUCAAGGGAUAUAGCUGCAAGAAUAGACUGCUGUACGUUGCGGGUGCAUGCCUGAGAUUGGAUGCAUUAAGGCUGGGGUAUACUUUCCGCUCGAACUAGCCGCGCGGAAGAGAGCCGUGCGGAAAUCUGCUCGAGAGACCGUGUGUGACUGCGCGCGGCGCCUGCUCCCAAACUGCAGGGCGCAGUGUAUCAAAAACACGCGUCUAGUACUGUACUAAACUAGACCGGAAUAAAUUUGCCAUUGAUGGUUGUCUCUGCGCAAUACGUACACGGAACGCAAUCGGUUCAACUAGGUUGUGCAGAACGCGUCUACAUCCGGUCAUCCUAUUUUUUUGGCAGUCACAUGUUAGGCAUGCGUAAUCUAUGCCAUCCGUCGAUGUGUUUUACGGCAGCAAGCGUCCCUUCUCCAGUUCCAAAAACGCUAUUAAGAUAGAAAAUUGAGAAAUAACAACAUAAUCAAUCUGUUUUUGCUUACAGUAUAUCAUAUCCAUGGUUCAUGUGGACAAUUCAUAAGCCAUUUUCUUUGUUCCAUAAAUUAUUUUAACCUUUUUUUUGUCGCCAAUGGAAAAAAUACAGAUGGUAUUUCCCCGUUUAGAAAACAACUGAAAAAGCCGAAUCCUCUAGAUCAGGGGUCACCAACGUGGUGCCCGCGGGCAGCAGGUAGCCCCCCAUGACCACAUGAGGUUUUCAGUUAAUAAUGUGAGAACACUAUGUAUUCUGAAACAAAAUGUGAGUUGUGGAUACCAGCAUUUUGUGAAUGUUUUGGUAAAACAAGCAUAUUUGAUCUUUUUGGGUUGAAAUAAGGUAUGAAAAUCAUUUCCACAAAAAUGAGUAGCUUGUGGCCAUUUUCAUUUUCUAAAAGUACAGACCCUUUCCAAAAAAUUAGAAUAUCAUGGAAAAGUUGUUUAAUUUCCAUAAUUCCAUUCAGAAAGUCAAACUUUCAUAGAUUAUAGAUUCAGGGCCCACAAUUUAAACGAUUUCAAGUAUUUAUUUGUUUAUUUUUACAUAAUUUGGGCUUCCAGCUCAUUAAACCCACGAAAACAGGAAUUCAAAAAAUUAGAAUACUGUGAAGAAAUCAGCCCAAAUUUUGCAGGGCAUGAAUGUUUUAAACUGAGUGUCACACACUAAUCAUCUACUAAACUCAAAUCACCUGCCCAGGUUUCCCCAGGUGUCAUUAAAUUGCUUCAGUUUGGUUCAAUUGUCUCAUUUCGGUUCAAUAUGGGGAAGACUGCAGACAUGACAACUGGCCAGAAGACCAUCAUUGAUACCCUCCAUAGGAUGGGUAAGCCACAAAAGUUCAUAGCUAAGGAGGCUGGUUGUUCACAGAGUGCUGUGUCCAAGCAUAUCAAUGGAAAGUCUAGAGGAAGGGCAAAAUGUGGCAGGAGAAGAUGCACCAGCAAAAGAGAUGACCGUGGGCUUCAGCGGAUUAUCAAACAGGGAAGAUUCAAGAAUCUGGCAGAGAUCCAGAAAGAGUGGAAUGAGGCGGGAGUCACAGCUUCAAAAACCACCACAUUCCGACGCAUCCGAGAGAUGGGCUACAACUGUCGGGUUCCUCAGGUCAAGCCACUCCUGAACCCGAGCCAACGUAGGAAGCAUCUCCACUGGGCCAAGGAGAAGGACUGGACUGUUGGCCAGUGGUCCAAGGUCCUCUUUUCCGAUGAAUGAUUUGGGGUGCAAUGUCCGGUGCAGGUGUUGGUAAACUCUGCUUUCUUAAAUCCAAGGUCACCACAACAGUCUACCAGAAUGUUUUAGAGGACUUCAUGAUUCCUUCUGCUGAGGAUCUGUAUGGAGAUGCAGAUUUCAUCUUCCAGCAGGACCUGGCCCCUGCCCAUACCGCCAGAAGCACCAAAACCUGGUUUGAUGCCCAUGCCAUCACAGUGCUUGACUGGCCAGCCAACUCACCGGACCUAAACCCCAUUGAGAACCUAUGCGGUAUUCUUAAGAGGAAAAUGAGGGGCACCAGACCCAACAACAAAGAAGAGCUGACAGCAAGCAUCAAGGAAAUCUGGGCUUCCAUAACUCCCAGGCAAUGCCACAGGCUGAUUGCUUCAAUGCCACGUCGCAUCGAGGCAGUGAUUAAGGCAAAGAGAUUCCCAACCAAGUAUUGAAGAUUGACAUAUCGUUUUGAAAGUAACAUAUUUUGAUUGAUUUGAUGUGAGCCUAAUUUCUUUCUUUUUUUUCCUGCAAAAACUGAGAAGUCUGUUUUCGUGGGUUUUAUGAGCUGGAAGCCCAAAUUACGUAAAAAUAAACAAACACUUGAAAUCGUUUAAAUUGUGGGCCCUGAAUCU